CAUACCGACGAACCGGCUUCUACGUAUGGCUUCUGCGAGGCGUACGCUGCUGAUGACAGCGUGAUCAUUUCAAGUUGCUCUACCAGCUUGACUGUCCGCUUUCCCUAUGCUGCGCCGUGGCUGACAGUUCCUCGGUUGAUUGGACAAAAUAAACUAAUUUGACGACCGCAUGCUUGGAUUGCAUUGGAGUUGGGGGGCAUUUAUAGAUGCCGACAAUAUUCGGUGUUCAAUUUCCAGGCGGAGUCGUUGAGCUGGAAGGUUUCGUCACCACUUCCAGAAUAUUUUUCUUUGGGAUCAGCAUCAUCGUGUCCUCGGAACCCCUGAAAGAUAACUAACUGAAUAUCAAAGGGAAAAUAAAACUUUAACCUCCACAGACUGUGGAGACACUUAUUUCAAGUAUUGCUCUUUAUGACUUACUUUACAUUUGGAAAAUCACAAGAUCGAAUUUUCUCUGAAUGGAUAUAGUAUACACAUGUCCAUAAAGGCUACCGUUUUUUCGCUCUGAAUGGAGACCGUUACGCUGUAUAUCUAAGGAUUACUUCAAGGAGCGACAGCUGCAUGCGCGGAACGAUUCUUCCUCCAAAAAGUAACUGAGAAGGAAACAGACGGGCUCUCGCAGCCUUAAAAGAGGAUAUUGAAAAGAAGUGGGAUCAGUUUGGACAUACAUUUAACUUUACAGAGGGGCAGCGGUAACUAAUUGCGCGCUUAUGAAUUGCUGAUCUGUAAGUCACACUGCUAUUCAAAGUAGACGUUCCCUGUGGACCUAUAUGUGACGUUAUUGCCUUUAUUUGAUUAAGUCACAAAAGAAACGCCACUUGAUUUGGCGCAGCGUUGCUGUGAACGGAGACUGUCCGGAGAGGCGUGCAGGCAGAACAGAGCGGGCACACAGUCCAGGGCGGGCACGCACCACUCCAGGUGGACUUGAUCGAAGCAACAUGUACCCGUCGUGCCGGACACACGAGCUUAACGUUGGGCGUCUGAAGGCAAUGGUCGGGUACUCGGCGAGACUGAAGUGUCGACCCAGUUGGAUAUUACUGCUUCUCCUGUUCAUUCACUACACGACGGCUCAAGAUGACGUUCCCCCCUACUUCAAGACAGAACCGGUGCGGAGCCAGCUUCACCUGGAGCGGAACCGUCUGGUUCUAACCUGCAUGGCGGAGGGGAGUUGGCCUCUGGAGUUCAAGUGGAUCCACAACACCACAGAGAUUACACGGUUCUCCCUCGAGUACAGGUACCUGAUUCCGUCGCUGGACCGGUCUCACGCUGGGUUCUACCGCUGCAUCGUGAGGAACCGAGUGGGCGCACUGCUCCAGAGGAGAACUGAGGUGCAGGUGGCGUUCAUGGGUAGCUUUGAGGAGGGUGAGCGCGACCAGGCGGUGUCCCAGGGCGAGGGGGCCGUGAUUCCCGCACCACACAUCCGGAGUUUUCCACAACCGCAGGUCACGUGGUUCCGAGACGGACGCAAGAUCCCCCCCAGCAGUCGCAUAGCGAUCACCCUGGACAACACGCUGGUCAUCCUCUCCACUGUAGCCCCUGAUGCAGGCCGCUACUAUGUGCAGGCCGUUAACGACAAGAACGGAGAAAACAAGACCAGCCAGCCGGUCACCCUGACAGUGGAGAACGUAGGUGGUCCGGCUGACCCCAUCGCCCCCACCAUCGUGGUCCCUCCUCGGAACACCAGCGUUAUCUCCGGGACCUCCGAGGUCACAAUGGAGUGUGUGGCCAAUGCUAGGCCUUUGAUAAAGUUGAGCAUCAGCUGGAAGAAGGACGGCGUGCCGGUGAGAAAUGGCCUGAGUGACUUCAACCGCCGCCUGACCAUCCUGACGCCCCUGGUCAGCGACAGCGGCUACUAUGAGUGUGAGGCUGUACUGAGGAGCAGCAGUGUGCCGUCUGUCAGCGCAGGGGCCCACCUGCAUGUACUGGAGCCUCCUCAGUUUGUGAAGGAGCCGGAGAAGCACAUCACUGCAGAGAUGGAGAAGGUGGUGGAUAUCCCCUGCCAGGCACGAGGUGUCCCUCCUCCAGAGAUCGUGUGGUACAAGGACGCGGUGCCAAUUAGUCCGGUGAAGUACCCCCGCUACAGAGUGCUGGUCGGAGGCAGCCUGCAGGUCAAUGGGCUCCUGCCCGACGACACAGGGAUGUUCCAGUGCUUCGCCCGCAACUCAGCGGGAGAGGUGCAGACCAACACUUACCUGGCCGUUACCAGCAUUGCCCCGAACAUCACAGCAGGGCCAUCCGACAGCACGGUGAUUGACGGCAUGUCUGUCAUACUGCACUGCGAGACAUCAGGAGCCCCGCGACCUGCCAUCACCUGGCAGAAAGGUGAGCGCGUCCUGGCCUCCGGCUCAGUGCAGCUUCCUCGCUUCACACUGCUGGAGUCGGGGAGUCUCCUGAUAAGCCCGUCUCACAUCUCAGACGCAGGCACCUACACCUGCAUGGCCAGCAACUCACGAGGCAUCGACGAGGCGUCCGCUGACCUCAUCGUCUGGGCCCGCACUCGGAUCACCAACCCCCCUCAGAACCAGAGUGUCAUCAAAGGUACAAAGGCCAUCAUGACUUGUGGAGUGACCCACGACUCCAGUGUCACUGUCAAGUUUGUGUGGGAGAAGGACGGCUCGGUCAUUAACGCCCAAUCCAUCCCGCGCAUGCGUCUGGACGCCGACGGCACCCUGCACAUCACCCAGACGUGGUCUGGCGACAUCGGCACCUACACCUGCCGGGUCACCUCUGUGGGGGGCAACGACUCGCACAGCGCUCACCUGAGAGUCAGGUCAGCCCUUCCUGCAGCUGCCCAUGCCCCAGAGAACCUGUGGGCGAACCUGAGCACGGCGGAGAGGCGAGCCAUCAACCUCACCUGGGUCAAGCCCUUCGACGGGAACAGCCCGCUCCUCCGCUACACGCUGGAGGUCUCCGAGAACAAUGCGCCGUGGACUAUCUUGCUGGCUAACAUUGAGCCGGAGUCGACCGGCGUGACGGUCAGCGGUCUCAUUCCGGCCCGCUCCUACCAGUUCCGCCUGUGCGCUGUCAACGAUGUGGGGAAAGGCCAGUUCAGCAAGGAGACGGGACCGUGUGAGAGAGUGUCCGCUCCUAGGAACCCCCCCAGCGCUCCGCCUCAGAACGUGAUUGCCAGCGGCCGCACCAACCAGUCCAUCAUGAUCCAGUGGCAGCCUCCUCCAGAGAGCCACCAGAACGGCGUCCUGCGAGGCUACAGCGUCCGGUACCGCCUGACGGGUAUGCCCGUGGACAUCCAAUACAAGAACAUCACCAACCCAGAUGUGACCAACCUGCUGCUGGAGGAUCUCAUCAUCUGGACCAACUACGAGAUCGAAGUGGCUGCAUACAACCGUGCUGGUCUGGGCGUCUAUAGCCACAAGGUCACCGAGUGGACCUUGCAAGGAGUUCCUACUAUCGCUCCUGGUGAUGUGCAGGCCGAGGCAGUGAACUCCACGACUAUUCGCUUCACCUGGACUGCCCCCAACCCCCAGUUCAUCAACGGCAUCAACCAGGGCUACAAGCUGUUGGCAUGGGAACCAGGUCAGGAGGAAGAGGUGACCCUGGUGACGGUGCGGCCCAACUUCCAGGACAGUGUGCACGUGGGCUACGUGACGGGCCUGAAGAAGUUCACCGAGUACUUGACCUCUGCCCUCUGCUUCACCACGCCCGGUGACGGACCCCGCAGCCCUGCCAGAGGCGUCAGGACGCACGAGGACACUCCUGGUGCUGUUGGUCACCUGAGCUUCACAGAGAUCCUGGACACCUCCCUGAAAGUCAGCUGGAGGGAACCGCACGAGAAGAACGGCAUCCUUACUGGCUACCGUAUCUCAUGGGAGGAGUACAACCGCACCAACACGCGGGUGACCCACUACUUGCCUAAUGUGACGCUGGAGUACCGGGUAACGGGACUGACCGCACUCACCACCUACACCAUAGAGGUCGCCGGAAUGACCUCCAAAGGUCAAGGGCAGCUUUCCUCAUCGACCAUCUCCUCUGGGGUACCGCCAGAGCUGCCGGGCCCCCCCACUAACAUGGCCAUAUCCAACAUCGGACCGCGCUCCGUCACUCUGCAGUUCAAGCCCGGUUACGACGGCAAGACCUCCAUCUCACGCUGGCAGGUGGAGGCCCAGAUCGGUGUGUUGGGUGAGAAUGAGGACUGGGUGAUGGUGCACCAGCUGGCCAACGAGCCCGAUGCCCGCUCUAUGGAGGUGCCUGGACUCAACCCCUACACCUUCUACAGGUUCCGGAUGCGACAGGUGAACAUUGUGGGCACCAGCCCCCCCAGCCAGCCUUCCAGAAAGAUCCAGACACUGCAGGCUCCCCCAGACAUCGCCCCGGCCAAUGUCACCCUACGCACGGCCAGCGAGACCAGCCUCUGGCUGAGAUGGGUGCCCCUGCCGGAGUGGGAGUAUAACGGGAACCCCGAGCUGGUGGGCUACCGCGUCCAGUACUCGCGCACCGGCUCCGCCGGCAAGCCCCUCAGCCACGUCAUCAGUGACCGGCUCGAGCGCGAGUUCACCAUCGAGGACCUGGAGGAGUGGACCGAGUACGAGGUCCGCGUGCAGGCCAUCAACGGCAUCGGAUCCGGGCCCUGGAGCCAGCCCGUCCGCGGCAGAACCAGGGAGUCCGUUCCGUCAUGUGGCCCCACCAACGUGUCAUCUUUUGCCACCACCUCCAGCAGUAUCCUGGUGCGCUGGUCUGAAGUCCCCGAACCUGACCGCAAUGGCCUCAUCCUGGGAUACAAGGUGGUGUAUAAGGAGAAGGACUCGGACAGUCCCCUGCAGUUCUGGACGGUUGAGGGCAACACCAGUCACAGUGUGCAGCUGGCUAACUUGGGGAAGUACGUGCUCUACGAGAUCCAGGUCCUGGCCUUCACGCGCAUCGGGGACGGCAUGCCCAGCUCACCCCCCAUCCUGGAGCGCACCCUGGACGAUGUGCCCGGCCCACCGGUGGGCAUCCUGUUCCCGGAGGUGAGGACCACCUCAGUGCGACUCAUCUGGCAGUCCCCUCUGCAGCCCAACGGCAUCAUCCUGGCCUAUCAGAUCACGUACCGGCUCAACUCGUCCAAUAGCAACGCGGCCACGGUGGACGUGCUGAACCCGAGCACGCGGCAGUACACCGCCACCGGCCUGCGGCCCGAGUCCGUUUACGUGUUCCGGAUCACGGCCCAGACCCGCAAGGGCUGGGGAGAGGCCGCUGAGGCGCUGGUGGUUACCACGGAGAAGAGAGCUCGACCACAGCCUACCAGCCGCCCCAUGGUGCCGCAGCAGCAGGUGCAGGCGCGCAGCGUGCUGUUGUCGUGGGAACCGGGCAGCGACGGACUGUCGCCUGUGCGCUACUACACGGUGCAGGUGCGCGAGCUGCCCGACUUUAACUGGACCGUCCACUCUGCAUCCGUCAACCACGAGUCCAGCAGCUACGUUGUGGACAGACUGAAGCCCUUCACGUCGUACCAGUUCAGGGUGAAGGCCACCAACGACAUCGGAGACAGCGAGUACAGUCAGGAGAGUGAGGCCAUCACCACGCUACAGGAUGCUCCAGAUGAGGCCCCUGUCAUCCUCUCUGUUACUCCACAUACAACCACUUCUGUGCUGGUCCGCUGGCAGCCUCCUGCUGAGGAGAAGAUUAACGGCAUCCUGCUGGGCUUUCGUAUCCGUUACCGGGAGCUCCUCUACGACCGGCUCCGCAGUAUCGCUGUUGGAAAUGUCAACAGCCUCUCCGCCAGCUGGGCAGACUUCACCUCCCCAUACAGCAUACGGAACCUGAGCGAGUCCUCCGUCACCCAGUAUGAGCUAGACAACCUGAGCAAGCACAAGCGCUAUGAGAUCCGCCUAAGUGUGUACAACGCUGUGGGAGAAGGCCCGACCAGCUCUCCCCAGGAAGUGUUUGUGGGAGAAGCAGUUCCAACAGCCCCGCCCCAGAAUGUUGCCAUCCAAUCAGCAACAGCCACACAGCUAGAUGUGACAUGGGACCCACCUCCUCUGGAAAAUCAGAAUGGAGAUAUCCAGGGUUACAAGAUCUACUUCUGGGAGUACCAGCGUCAGAACGAGACGGAGAAGCUGCGGACGCUGUUCAUGCCGGAGGCUGGGGUCAAGCUGAAGAACCUUACGGGCUACACCACCUACAUGAUCAGCGUGGCCGCCUUCAACGCAGCCGGAGAUGGACCACGCAGCGCCGCCACCAGAGGGCGCACUCAGCAGGCUGCUCCCAGUGCCCCCAGCUUCAUCCACUUCAGCGAGCUGACCACCACCUCAGUCAACGUGUCCUGGGGUGAACCAGUCUUCCCUAAUGGAAUCCUCGAGGGCUAUCGCCUCAUCUACGAGCCCUGCACGCCUGUCGAUGAGUCGUCACUGGCCUGUGCCGACUGUCUCCACUCCCCCUCCCCCUCAGGCGUCAGUAAGACAGUGACGGUGGACGUGAAGGGCCCCCCCUACUGGUUGAAAAUCAAAGACCUGGCCGACGGAGUCACUUACAACUUCCGCAUCCGCGCCAGGACUUUCACCUACGGUCCUGAGGUGGAGGCCAAUAUCACCACUGGCCCUGGGGAAGGGGCCCCUGGACCGCCCGGAGAGCCCUUCAUCUCUCGCUACGGCACGGGCCUCACCAUCCACUGGUCCAACGGCGAUCCCGGACGAGCCCCCAUCACGCGUUACGUCAUCGAGGCCAGGCCCUCAGAUGAGGGAUUGUGGGAUAUCUUGAUCAAGGACAUCCCCAAGGAAGUGACAUCAUACACAUUCAACAUGGACCUCCUGAAGCAGGGUGUGAGCUAUGACUUCCGGGUCAUCGGAGUAAACGACUACGGAUACGGCACCCCUAGUGCCCCCUCCCCCUCCAUAUCAGCCCAAAAGGUGGCGCCGUUCUAUGAGGAGUGGUGGUUCCUGGUAGUGGUGGCCCUGGUGGGGCUCAUCUUCAUCCUGCUGCUCGUGUUCAUCCUCAUCAUCAGAGGCCAGAGCAAGAAGUACGCCAAGAAGUCCGACUCAGGCAACAGCUCUAACUGCAACGCGCUGACCCAUGGGGAGAUGGUGCGUCUGGACGAGAGCCGCUUCCCCGCCCUGGAGCUUAGCAACCGCCGGCUGUCCGUCAAGAACUCCUUCUGCCGCAAGAACGGCGUCUACACCAGGUCCCCUCCCCGGCCCAGCCCUGGUAGUCUGCACUACUCGGAUGAGGACGUGAGCACCAAGUACAACGACCUGAUCCCCGCCGAGAGCAGCAGUCUCACCGAGAAGCCCUCCGAGAUCUCAGACUCACAGGUGGAGUCCCCUGAGCAUGUGACUGCUGAAAGGAAGUACCGUGAUAACCGCGAGUGCCCUGUACUUUUCACUGGGGAUUCUCUUCUGUCGUCUACUGUCACACGGUCGACUCAGCUGUCUGUGCCCGAAGCUGAUUCUCUGCUCCACUCUGAGAGUCAGCAGCAGCAGCACCCCAAAUCAAUUCAGGACCAGCAGACACAUCAAUGCCAAUGA